AUGAAUAAUACAACUUUCCUGUUAGUAGAACAAAAUAAGCCAUUGGAAUUAACGACUAUCUAUGAUUCUUCGGAUGCUAUUGCAUAUAUUGUGGUUGUUAUUUUCUGGUAUUCGUCAUGUAUUCUAUUUCUACUGAUAAUGCAAAUGGUACCAUCGGCUGGAGUCGUUGAACAUUCAUCAAAAUAUUCGAAUGCAUUGUUGAAUAAAAGUUUUCGUGAAAAAACCGACAACAAACAAAUAUUAGAAGAACUAGCUGAUAAAGAAAAACGUGACAAAUUAUGGGACAUAUAUUUUAAUAGAUCACAGAAUAUGAGCAAGAAACGAACUCGUAGAGAGUCAUGUUCUAUACGUGAUAUACAACGAAGAUUAGCAACAAUCGAUCAACGUGAUCAAGACUUUAAUGAAACAGUUCAACUUUUUCAUCAAAGAAGUUCUCUUGCAGUACAAUAUACUUCAUCAAAUCGUAGUAAAUCUCCAAUGGAAAAGCGAUCUGAUACUCGACGACACUCAUGGAUAGAUCCUCGAUCAUUUGAAGAAUGGAGAAAAACUAUUAGCAAUUUCACACUAGAUGAAAAAUAUCCACGAGCUAUUCAAAAGUUGGUAAAACGACGACAGUAUGCAAGUAACAGCAAUUGA